CAUUCCACGUAUAAUAAGUUGUGCUUCAAAAGCUCUAUCUGAAAUAGAAAAAAAAUAUCCACAAACCCAACGCGAAGCAUUAGCUAUGGUUUGGGGCGUAGAACGAUUUUCUUUUUAUCUGUUGAACAAAUCAUUCACCAUUAUUACUGAUUCCGAAGCAAAUAAGUUUAUUUUCGGAGAUGGUUUUAAAAUUGGAAAGCGUGCUAUAUCUAGAGCGGAAGCAUGGGCUCUGAGAUUACAGAAUUUUGAUUUUGCUGUUAAAUGUGUUCCAGGUGACGACGUUGUUUUAUUUUUUACAUUUAAUGUGAUUUAUUCUGUAUUAACAUGAUUCAAUUAACUAUUAUAGGUGAUUUGAAUGUUUCUGACGUUCUUUCACGAUUAAUUAAACGUACUCAAAUAGACGAACCUUUCGACGAAGAUAACGAUAAGCAUAUGUUGUAUGCUUUGGACGCAGGGACAAUGGAUAUUACAUGGAAAGACAUUGAUCUAGCUGCGGAAAAGGAUGAAGAAUUAAUUGCUAUUCAGGCAGCAAUAAUUUCAGGAAAAUGGCCAAAAUAUCUCAAUCGUUUUGAAGCACAUCGAAAAGAGCUACGUAUAAUGGGACCAAGAAUUUUGAAAGAGGAAAGGAUUAUUCUACCAAAAGUAUUACGACAGAAGGUUUUGUUAACCGCUCAUCGAGGCCACAUUGGAUGUGCUACUAUGAAAAGAAUUUUGCGAGAAUUUUUCUGGUGGCCUGGAUUGAGUAAUGACGUGGAGUUAUUUGUUAAAAGCUGUAAAACUUGCUUGACAAUUUCAAGAAAAAAUCCACCAAUACAUUUAUCAAGUCGUCGGCUCCCUGACGGGCCUUGGGAAGUACUUCAAAUUGAUUUUCUUUCUCUUCCUGGGUGUGGCGCUGGAGAGUUUCUAAUAACAGUCGAUGUUUAUUCUCGUUACUUGUCUGUUGUUGAAAUGAAAAUUAAAGAUGCCAAAACUACAAAUUCGGCAUUAUCAAAAAUAUUUAUGACUUGGGGCUUACCGCUCGUAAUACAAAGUGAUAACGGCCCCCCUUUCCAGAGUAGUGAAUUCAUGCAAUUCUGGCUUGACAAAGGUGUUAAUGUUAGGAAAUCAAUUCCGUUCUAUCCGCAAUCGAAUGGUGGAGUUGAACGUCAAAAUCAAGGUUUGAUCAAGGCAAUUUCUGCAGCUAAACAAGACGGUGAGAAUUGGAAAGAUGCACUGUAUACAUAUGUUCAUGUGCACAAUACUGUAAAACCACAUUCGAGACUUGGAAUUACACCGUUUGAACUUCUUGUUGGAUGGAAAUACAGAGGCACAUUUCCUUGUCUAUGGCAAUCAAGAAAAGAAGUUGAUCGAUCGGAUAUACGCGAGAAAGAUGCUUUAUCAAAAUUGUCAAGUAAUCAAUUUUCGGAUAGUCGUAGAGGAGCAAAAUGUUCAAAUAUUGUUCCUGGCGAUAUAGUUGUAAUGGCAAUUCCAAAGAAAACUAAAACGGAUCCAACGUUUUCAAAAGAUCAUUACACGGUUCUAUCAAGAGAAGGAGGAAAGAUAAUCAUCAGAAGCGAAAGAGGUGUUCAAUAUUGUCGUAAUAUCAGAGACGUCAAGUUAGUGCCGAUUUUCAACAAUUGUAGUAUUGCAGACGAUCAAGUAGAAAAAGACUCAUCAGUGGAACAAUUUUCUGAUUACGCAAGGGAGGAAGAUUUAUCGCUAGAUGACAAAAUGGACAGUACAACCGUUAGCGAUACAAACGAGGAUGCAGUAAUGGGAGAUCUGACUAAUUAUUCUAAUGUAAUAGAAGGAGAUUCAUCAUUUAGUGUUAAAAUGGAUCGUACACUUGCUGGUGCUCCAAAAUAUUUAAAGAUGUCAGAAGCAACGGAUUCUGGAGGAGCUGGUCGUCCAAGAAGAAGUAUCGUAAAACCUAAGAAGUUCCAAGAUAUGUUGUUGUAUAAUAUAUAUGAAUGAGAAUAGAUGAGAGAGCGGAUGUAGAGUAUAUAUUAGAUACGUAAUUCAAAUUUAUAAAAUUAUUUUAUUACUUGUUUGUUGCAUUGAAAAAUCAGGUUUUCAUUGAACUUGUUAAAAUUAUCUAAGUAGGUAUUCUAAAAUAAAAAUCAGUUUUGCAAGUGAGUUUGACGCAAGCGGACGUACAAAAAAAGCUGUUUCAUUUAUGGAAAGCGAUCGUGAACUGGAGCUCCUGGGUGAGCUGGAAGCAGU